AUGUCUGACUCCCACGACAAGAGCAAGACCGAUGCUGAGAUGUGGGCGGCCUUCAGCGAAGACGCGGAGCUCUUCUCCGAGGUGGUAUCGCUCCAAGAUUCGCACGCACGUGGACUGUGCUGCAUCCGGUGCGGCCUCAUGGACGACUUCCAGCAGCCCGGAGAUAAGGGCUGGGGCAUGAGGGGGUGCUCCGAGAGCUUUUCUGUCUCGGCGCCCGAGGAGGCAAACAAUGGCGGGAAAAAGUUCGCGAAGCCCUUCAAGUGCUUCUUCUGCCGUGGGGUGAUUGGCUACAGCACCCCGUACCUGCGCAUGCCACACCCUCUCGGUGGUGUCAACGCGUGGAACAACCAGCCACGCUUCGUCUACCUUCACACUGAUGGCGCCAGCUGCGUCGGCAAGACGGUGCCCACCGACACGAAGGCUCCUUGCGCGGGCCACUGCGGCAAGUCCUCUCCCGACCACAGCCUGUACGACAUGAUGGGCAUCGGCAACGACACCUACUUCUUCUGCGACGACUGCAAGUACAAGCGCCGCGCUGGCGUGCUGGGUGGGGUGCAGGAGUUACUUCUUCUGCGACGACUGCAAGUACAAGCGCCGCGCUGGCGUGCUGGGUGGGGUGCAGGAGUACAUGGAGGCCGAGCGCAUCAAGAGGGAGAACGGAGGGCGCGACGUCGACACUCCGCAUGCCUGCACUCUUCGAUCCGACUCCAGCAACGCGACGCGUCCACCGGGAGCACGCACGGGACGGCCAUGGACCCUGCAGCCGUGUAUGUUGCUUUGUUUCGCGCGACAAUCCUUGAAGCCCUCAACCUGCUAUUUCCUGUCACUUUGGAGGACCUCAACCAGCCACCAGACAGAGACAUACUGGCCAUCAUCAACUACCUGCACCGGCUAGACAAGGAAACUCUCAAGGUUUUCCUCCAGGACGCUUCCAGGUUUACGCCAGCCUCAGCAUCCCUCGAUGCUGCCACCGACGAAGGGCCAACCCCGUCAAGAACCCAACGACGGAGAACUACAGGCCGUCACGGGCCUGGUGCAACAAGGAGAGUAGCGCAUCUUAUCGCUAACAGCAACAACAACUGCUUCUUCAACUCGGCCUUGGCUUUGGGACUGGCUGCGUGGGACGGUCCCUCGCCUUGCCCCCCCCCCGUUUGUCUGCAUAAUAAUCUACAACCCAACGCCUCUUUCUUCCCGCCGUCAAUUCUUCGCCAGUCUGCCGCUCGACAGGCCCGUCAUGACAUCCUCCACGGUACGCCAAUCACCGGCGCCGGCUGUGACAUGGGUAAUGUCGCCGGCGUAUUUGAGGCGAUCGCGCGUGCUUGCCCACGACAGGGUUCUCCUUUAUGGCCGGACAGUGUCUUCGACCAGCAAGCUCGUGUAGCGCGGACACGCAGAGACUUCGGCCUAGAUUGGAGGUACGCGAACAACUGCACCAUCGGCAACCACAGUGCGCGCGAGGUCACCCCGGAUCAGUCCGCCAGGCUACGGGCCGCCACCGUCAUCACCAUCCCCAACGGAGUUUCAGCCACUUUCCAAGACAACGUGUUCGACUUCUUCCGCUCCUCGGCCCCUACCGACUUGGCCAUCCCAGGCCAGUCCUUGUGCCCAUACUGUGCGGACAACGUUCACCGAAACAUGUGCGAUUGGACUCUACUUCCGUGGACAUCCAAUACCGCGCCGGACAGGAUCUUCUUUCGGUCUUCGUGCGUCUUUCGAGGUCUCUGUGGCCGGUGGCACAAGUAUGACUGUUUACAAGGGGGCAUCGUCACCUCUUCGGACGCGUACGAUAGUGGAUGGCACGUUUCUUCUGUUCACAUGCUGGUGUAUCUCAGAUCUGCCAUCUGCGUAGCCACGCCUCCACCUUACGCGCCAUCUUCUGCUGCCACUAGAAGUAACGUUCCAAGAAACGCCUGCCGAGUUGUACAGAGUGAGCCCACCAGCCCCUCAGGCCGCAUGGGAUAGCACAGGAGUAGCGGUUGCCUACUUGUGUAUAGUGGCUUCAUCAGCACCUCAACGUGUCUGUCUCUCCGUACUUUUUGCCUUUGAGGCUUUUUUGCGUGCGGUUUCGCCUGGUCUUCCGUACCUCUUUAGCCUAUGUUGUCCAUAUUUUGCGUGCUUUUACUUUGUCUCUUGCGUCCCUUUCUCGCGUGGGUUUUUCCG